GAUAAAUGUAAUUUCCCCUAUAAAGCUGAACAUGUGUAAAAAAAUCAUGUGUGUAAUUUAAGUAGGAAGCCGCAGUGGAUUCCCAGUGAAAGCCAACUAGUGUGUAAUUGUCACAUUUCUCUUUCUGCCACACUGGUAUAAUGUAAUAAGGAAAAUACUGAACUGGCUCUCUGGUACCUUAAGAGUGGAACAAGUUGUUUUGUAUGUGCAAAAUAUCUUAUGAAGACUCUGAUAUUGAAGUCACCAGCUUCUCAGUUUGCAAUGAAGUUCACAGAAUCGAAUUGUCCUUCUCACUAGCUCAGUUGGUCGAGCAUGAGACUCAAUCUCAAGGUUGUGGGUUUGAGCCACACAUUGGCAAAAGAUUCCUGCAUUGCAGGGAGUUGGACUAGAUUACCCUCAUGGUCACUUCCAACUCUACAAUUCUAUGAUUUCUAUGAAAUCUUCUUCAGCACCACCUUAGGCAUGUCUGCUCAAUUGUGAGUUCUAUUAAAUUCAAUGGGACUUACUCCCAGGUUAAAUGUGUUUAAGGUGGAUAAAGAUUUAUUUUGAAUGACAGCUAGAAGUCUGUGUCUUUCCCUGUAUUUGUAGCCUUUGAUCUGCUGGGUUCCAGGAGGUUUUUGUUAGUUUAAAUACUGUAGCUUGGUGAGCUAGACUUAGCCAGUUCUUUAGUUCUAUCAAUUGGGUCUUCAAAGUUGUUUUUUUGUCUUAGCUCAGAAGGUUUUGUAUGCUAUUGCUGCUUUUGAGGAGGGGGUAGUGAACUAGACAUUCAGAGUGCUGCAGUCAUUUCACCAACACCAGCAUAAAACUUGCACAGUAGCCCAGGAGGAAGGAAAAGUGUAGAUUUCUCUGAAAGAUUGAGAGAUAAUAAUAUUUAAGGAAGCUACUCUAUUAUGGUGAACAGUAUGAAGGGCUGCUACACUACAUGUGUGCUGAUUCCCUCCUUCCUCAGCCUGUUCCUAUUUUUAAUGUAAGGUCUCUAGAACUGAUGUAUUAAAUUAGGAUUUGAACUUUAUGCUGAUUUCUUUCUUUUUUUUACCCAAAUGCAUUGUUAAAUAGAUCCUGCAUUUUGCCAAGUUCACUGCAGGUUCUGGCCUGUGUAGAUUUUUAAAAAUGCAGUAUAUCUCUUUUCUUUUUAAUUUCUUUAGUAUGGGGAGGGAUGAAAGCACCCCUUUUCAUUGCAGAAUCUGUUUGUCUUAACAGCUUGCAAAAUGCACAGCAAUUCCCUUGUGCUGCACUAUUUAAUUUUUAUAUUAUUUCUUCUUACAAAUCCACCUGAAUGUUCCCUUUUGGAAAUGUAAUGGGUUCUAGUAGUAGUGUGAUUUAUUUAGUGGCUUUUGGCUGGAAGGCUGGCUGCAGUAAGAAGAAACCACCAGAAGCACUCAAAAUAAUUGAUGCCCAUCUACUCUGGGCUAUGGAAGUGAAUAGCUAUGAAACUCACAGGGCUUUCUUUGGGAACCAGGCACUGCAAGUCUGUCUUAGCAUCUCAGCAAGUAAGACUUCUGGCAGCUGCAGGAAUGGCUUUAAUGCGAUCUUUAAAAUCCUGCUUCUAAGAGAUCUGCCUGAAAAUGGACAGUUCUGUGUGUGAUGUCUGAUGAUUUUAUAGUAGCAAGGUAUGGUUUGGCUUUGUCCUGUUGGGAUAAAAGUGCCAUUUUGAAAAGGUGACUUCAGAUUGAUAGUUGCAAAGAAGAAAAGGUUGACAAUCCUGGCGUUGCAGGACCUGCUUUGCAAUUGGAGCCAUGCCAAAUAGGUCACAUCCUUUGACAAGGGAAUCCUUGCAACAACUGUGGAAAGCAGGAUAGGGAGCCCUCAGGCCCAGGGGCCAAAUGCAGCCCUCCAGGUUUCUCUAUUGGGCCCCUGGGACUCCUCCUAGGUCCCUGGGACUCUUCUGAACUACCCCACUCUUUGCAACCUCCUUGUGUGUUUUUGCCUGGCUAGAAGGUGUAAUGAACUGGUUGUGCUUUCUGCUUAUAUGGAUGGAGGUUAGAGAGAGAAGUGAGUGAAGAAAUUAGCUUAGAAUACAAAGGUAAAACUGCUCUGUCAACCUCUAGCUCAGGCACCACUCAUCUGUGGUACAUCGCCCCCAAAAAGGCCAGCCAGAAGGACUGUGGCCCUAAGACUGAAAAAGGGGCCACAUCCAAGCUGUAAAGUGUUGUUCUAUCCCUCUAUUACUGAAAUGGAGAGGGUGAAACUGAGAGACAAUGGCUUACUUCCUGGGGACUGAGUGGCUAUUUGAACCAGUGGUCUACCAGCCAUGCCCCUAACACAGGCACCCCCAAACUGCGGCCCUCCAGAUGUUUUGGCCUACAACUCCCAUGAUCCCUAGCUAACAGGACCAGUGGUCGGGGAAGCUGGGAAUUGUAGUCCAAGACAUCUGGAGGGCCGAAGUUUGGGGAUGCCUGCCCUAACACAUCUGUAACAACAGAUUUGGAAGAGCCAUCUUGCCCAUUUGGGGAAAUGCUAAUCAUAGAAUCAUAGAAUUGUAGAGUUGGAAGGGACUCCAAGAGUAAUCUAGCCCAACCCCCUGCAUUACAGAAAUCUCAGGCCACCCAACCUCUGCUUAGAAACCUCCAAUGAAGGAGAGUCCACAACCUCCCGAAGGAGUCUGUUCCACUGUCAAACAGCUGUUACCACCAGAAAGUUCUUCCCGAUGUUUAGCCAGAAUCUCACUUACUGUAACUUGAAGACAUUGGUUUGGGUCCUAUCCUCUGGAGCAGAAGAAAACAAGCUUCUUCCAUCUUCCAUGUGACAGUACUUUAGAUAUUUAAAGAUGGCUAUCAUAUCUCUUCUCAAGUGUCCUCUUUCGUAGGGUAAACAUACCCAACCCCCUCAAUAUCAAUAAUAUCCUCUUAUUAUUUGGCUAGACUGAUACUGGGACAAAAGCACUGCACAGUUGUCUCACUCUAAUAUCAUUGACUAACCUUUUCACACAAACAACAGAAUAAGAGAGAAGCUGUAGGAGAACCAAUGAGUGGUGAAUUUUCAUUGAUAAAUAGUAACUGGGUGGGAGUGAGGGAGUAAUUUUCACGGUUAAAUUGGACGGGGGGGGGGGAAUACAUUGUCUCAGCUGAGAUGGGGCUCCCCCCAUGGCUGCUUUGGGCUUAAAUACAGAUAGGUGAGCCAAAGAUGGGUCUCUUUUAUCUUGUCUGGUUUGGCCCUGAGGCUCUUUUUAUAACAGCACAGUCCUUUAUACUCAGACACACUUAAGUUUAAUGAGACUUAUAAGUGUACAUAGUAUUGCAGUCUGAAAAUCCCUGUGUCAGACUAGAAGGUUUCUUUUUGAAGAAGGUUGGUAGCACCUAAAGGAUUUCGACACAUAAUAGAGGUUUACCCAACCUGUGUUUAGAAACCUCUAAUGAGAUGGAUAAGUCAGUCUGCAUCCAAUUUGUGCAAUUGCCCAUCAAUUAUUUUGUUUCUUUAUUAUAUUUAACCUAAAUCUAUCUUCCUGUAAUUUAAGCCCAUUAAUUCUGGUUACCUGCAGUUGCUGUGGAGACCAACUGGUUUUCAAGGUGCUUAAAGCACCUAUUUUUAUCUUAAACUGCUGUUCUAUUGCUUUACCCUUCCUCUCACACCCCUUCAUCUUUUUGUCAUCCCCUCUUUCUCCAGCCUAAAUAUGCUGAGUUCUUGUUACUGCUCACCCCUCUUCCUUUCUACCACCUCUCUCUUAAGUCCACAUGGAAUUAAGUUCCACUGGCACUAUGGCAUGUCUUUCCAGACAAAAUUGGCUUAUAUAGCACAAUAAAUGCAUAAUUGUAAAUGUGCAACUGAUAUUCAACUGUUGUGCUGGAUUCCUUGUCUUUCAAGGUACUGUCUUUGUUGUGGAUUGAGUGAAUAUUGGAGAAAAUGGCAAAUACCAGUAUUUAGAUACUGGGAAAAUGCAAUUCAUUCCCUGCUAAUUAUGUUAUAAACUUGCCCAGUGGCAUUAGGCAAGCUGCUUUUUCAACUUCAAACCCUUAUUGUAUUUGUAUUAUGCUAUGUGUGUGUGUGUAAUAAUAUUGAGCAACCUGGUUUCUCUUUAACCAGGCCUUUGGCUGAUUGACAUCUGAUGCCCUUUUGAAAUGUGUCGUGGAAAUGAGGAGUAUUGGGUAGCCUUUGUUUUUGCUUUUAUUAUGUAUUUUAUGUUUUUCAUAUUGUGACUUUAUGUUGUGAACUGCCCUGAGAUCUAUGGGUAUAGGGGCAGUAUACAAAUUUAAUUAAUAAAUAAACAUAAAUAAAUACAGUGUUGUAUGGAGUAUUGCAAGCUAGUACAGUGGGUCCUUGGUUCCCAAACUUAAUCCGUUCCAGAAGUCUGUUCCAAAACCAAAGCGUUCUAAAACCAAGGCAUGCUUUCCCAUAGAAAGUAAUGCAAAAUGGAUUAAUCCAUUCCAGAUUAUUAAAAACAACCACUAAAACUGCAAUUUAACACGGAUUUUACAAUCUAACGAGACCACUGAUCCAUAAAAUAAAAACAAUAAUUAAUGUACUGUACUAUAGAAUACACGUGGGGCGCGGGUGGUGCUGUGGUCUAAACCACAGAGCCUAGGGCUUGCCGAUCGGAAGGUCGGUGGUUCGAAUCCCCGUGAUGGGGUAAGCUCCCGUUGCUCAGUCCCAGCUCCUGCCAACCUAGCAGUUUGAAAGCACGUCAAAGUGCAAGUAGAUAAAUAGGUACUGCUCCGGUGGGAAGGUAAAUGGCAUUUCCGUGCGCUGCUCUGGUUUUGACAGAAGCGGCUUUGUCAUGCUGGCCACAUGACCCGGAAGCUGUACGCUGGCUCCCUCGGCCAAUAAUGCGAGAUGAGUGCCACAACCCCAGUGUCGGUCAUGACUGGACCUAAUAGUUAGGGGCCCCUUUACCUUUACUCAGAUAUGUAGAAUUCUGAUAUGCAUUUUAAUGAGGCCUUCAACUCACUGUCGAGGUACCACUGUAUAUGUAAAGUGCUUGGAUACUUCAAAAUGUGUGUUUUUAUCCACAGUAGUUGUAACGAUGAUAUUAUGUCCUUGCUGGCUCCCCUUGUUGUAAACCUUCAGCCUGAACAUAAUCUACCCUGUUCUGUGUGUACGUAUGGAGUGCUGAGCUGUGCUGGCAUAACACUGCAGAUAAAACUGGAUUUUUAAAAACCAGAUUAGAAGGCCCCUUAAUACCUCCAAAUGUGUUUUUGGAUCUGGUUGCCAAAUUAGGUUCUUUGAGCUUUGGUGGCAAGCCCCUUACACAAGUAAUAUGGUACCAGGUGUAUCUCACAUUUAAACUGUAUUCCUAUAUACAGUUCCUGUAUUCCUCUUACCUAUGUGUAAGUCCCAUUGAACUUAGUGGAACACAUUUCCGAGUGCAUAUAUGUGUGGAACUGUGCUGCGGGUUGCUAACCAUGAACAAAUCAAAAUCAAAAUGGUGAAUCAAUGGAGGGAAUGAUUUUUGAAGUGGUCGCUCUGCAGAAAUCUUAAAUGUGCACAUGUAGGGGAAGUGGUUUCAGUAGAAGUGUGGGGAGGGAAUUGUGGGGAAAAAGAUAUGCGCAUUUUAAGAAUAAGGGUUUGGCUUAAUGGGAUUACUGGUGGUGUGAGCCAAAUGGAGCAGAGCUUGAUUUCCAAGUGUAGAUUCCGUUUGCUUGGUUUUUUUUUUUUGUAUAUCGUAGGUAAAAUUAAUGAGAGAGUGCAUCAAUCAGGGAAAGAAUGAUAGGGUCUCUUCUGCACUCCCCGUCUGAGAACUUCAAUAUGUACAUUGAAAAUGCCCCCAGACCCAGUGUUAAGCUGAACUGAACAGAGACCUUAGCCCACAGUCCAGAUUUUAAUAUUACUGAAAAUAGAGGGGUAAUGUAUUAUUCCCCUUCCUAUUUGGGGAUGCAGAAUCCUUCAUGCCAACCUUCUCCAACAUGGCUCUGCUGCCUGGGACUGAUGGGCGUUUUAUUCCAAAACAUUAGGAGGGUACCAGGUUGGGGAAGGAUGCUCGUAAGUUCUCUAUGAAUAUGGCCUUGGACCAAGUUCAGAUGCUUCACAUGCAUUCUUACCAACAGGGUAAGGAACUGUAGGCGUUUGUAUCUGCUUUGAACCAAAUGAUUGUUGGAAUCUGGCUUUUAUAAGCAUAUGAAGCUAGCCUUGAUGGAACAAUGCUUACCUUUGAAGCUUUAGGCACUGCUUUAGUCUUGGAGGGAGGUAAUAGGAAUAAGUGACCCGACUUUAAAAGAGACAGUGACAGUUAAAACCUACGGGACUGUAUUGCAUGCUGCUACAGUCAAGUUAUUGCAUAAGACUUCUCAAGCAUAGUGCUUUUUUCUGAAAUGUCGCUGGGAACUUCAAAGUAAUCUCACUGCUUCAACAUAUUGUGUGGAGUGCUGCAGUCACAAAGGCUGUAUGGCUCAAACACUGUAGAGAGUGUCAUGUGUUGCCAUACUUGGAAGGCAGAGAGGGCUGCCUUUACACUGCAGGGCAUUGAGCCAACUCCUUCGUGGAGAACCUUAGCCACUUCUGCCACAAAGAGUUGAAGGUUCUGCAUUGUCAAAUAUAGCCCUGCAAACUCUGAUUGCAAGAGAGGCUUUCAAGCAUCUGUUUUUCUCCUUCUGGAAUGUGUUGGCAUCAAGGUGCUCAGGAUGGCCUUGAGUGGAAAAGGAUGCUCCUAGCAGGAAGGACUGGGUGCUGAUUGCCUUAGAACUAGAGCUGUCAACUAAUUAAAUACUUUUUCAUUGAUUAAUCAUCCAACUAAAUUAGCAUACUAUAGGAGGAUCAAUAUAAUAGUAUUUGUGCAUUAUUGAAGAAACUAUGAUAAUGUACCCUUUAGUAAACAAAAGCUGCCAAUUAUAGUUCAAAGAAGAGGCCAUCUCCAAUACAUCAUUUUUCAUUCUCUGACUGUAAACAGUAACUCAACAAAUCAAAAAUUAACUUCCAGAAAUAAAGUGUUCCCAUAAUUUUAGCUUCUAUUGAUUAAAAUUUGCCCUGUAUCUUAAAAUGGAUCUCUACCAAGUAAUCAACUAAAUGUCAGUUGAUCUACUAAGCAAACCAAUGUUAAACCCUGGAGUCCUACUUUAAACUGAUCCACACAAUUGUUUGGAAGGGAGAGAGAUGUGUAUACAGUACAGCCAGCGGAAAAUAUACCUGGUUUGCGAGCCAUAAUUUGAUAUCCUGCACUUUUGGCUUAGCAUCCAUCCAUACAUGCUGCCUGAACACCUGACAGAGUGCUAUCCGCUUGCCUAUAUCUAACACAGCUCUCCUGAUCUUUUUGUUAGGGAGGCAGUAGAAUCAUGGCUACAUGUACAGUAAGCAGGAGGCCAUAUGGCUGAGCAAGAUGUGCCAUUAGGUAUUCUGCAAAAGUGUACACAGUAGCACAAAUCUCAAUGAGUGGUCUGUGCAUUUGGCUGCCACCUUCCAAAAUGCCAAGUCUCCAUGGGGCUAACUUGAUUCACUGUGUUCUUGGCCUCUUGCAGCCAUGUACCUGAUUGUACUGAAUCUUAACAGGGCUGCUGCUGGGAUCCUUGCAAGCUUAAAACAUUGCACAAAGGAUUGAUUAAGGCCCAAAUAGUCUCUGCUUCUUCAGGAUCACUUUUGUUAAAACCUGUUCCCUCCUUUUUGGAUUGAAGACUAAGAUUGUCUAAUGUAUCCAGUAUUCUGCAAGUGUUAAAUCUAUAUUGGAAAGUGAUUGGAGUUUAUAGUUCAAACCUAUUACAAAGGUGAUGGAAAUAAUUGACAAAUGCAUGCCAUUGUAGGGCUUUAACCUUUAUUCGAUUUAAUUGGAUAGGUUAACUGAUCAAACAUUUUAAUCAAUUGGAAACAUGCCUUUGGUUGAUUGGGCAGCAGACUCUUUUUUAUUAUUAUUAAAAAAUACUUUUAAUGCAAGUAUUUAUAAAAACUGCAGGGCACAAUUGCAAUCUUAAAGGGUCAUUCUCCACUUUCUCUCACAUAGAACACCUUUUCUAAGAGAAUGCCUGCAGCUACAAGCAAAGAAAGUGUGCCUGUGUUGUAAAUUUAAUCGAUUAAUUAACUGCAACUAGUGCAGCUCAGUGUUUACAAUUUUCUAAAUUAGGUGACAGUUCUACUAAAUUGUAUCUAAACAAACAGGAAUAAGUUGUUGAGCUUUGGACAAACAUAGUAAUGAUAUAUAUACCUGUUACGUAUGAAGGCAUUGUAGGCAUGUAGUUGCAGACCUGGGCCUUCAGGCCUCCUGUAGCUCAGGAGCUUCAUCUGCAUAACGAAAGACAGAGAGGAUUAAAAAACCCUCCAAUGACAUUGUUUCUAGCUGGCGGGCUGCCAAUCCCUGCUGAGAUAGGGCCAGUGUUGUGAUUCGCUAAUUGCAGCAUUAAAGCGACCAUCACAGGUGGUGUGUGUUUUGCCUGGGCCGGCUUAAGGUAUAUAUACUGGGCCAAGUGUCCAUGUUUGUCAUUCUUGUUCUUCUUAUUCCUGAUGUUCCAAUAAAUCCAUUUUGAGCUGAAUCUCUGCCUUGGGUCAUGCCUGAACCCAUCUACACUUCAAUACCAAGUGAACUGUAUUAUAUUUUUAUUUAUUAUUAAUUGCCCUUCAUCCUAAAGUCCCAGGGUGGGCUACAACAAUUAAAACAAUAUUAAAAACAGAUUUAAACAACUUAGGGAGCACCCCUAAGCUGCAAACCUGCUCCUUCCAGGGGAGUGCAACCCGGACCAGCAUAGGCCAUCUUCCCACCUCCCAGAUUUAGAACACAUAAUACCUCUGUCUUUCCAGAAUUACAUCUCAGUUUUAUUGGCCCACAUCCAGCCCAUCAUUGCCUCCAUUGCACUGGUCUAACACCUCAGCUUCCUCUCCUGAUUCUGUUGGAAUAGAGAGAAAGAGCUGGGUGUCAUCCUUGGAUGUUCACGGCACUUCACUCCAAAUCUCCUGAAGUUAGGAAUCAGACCAUCAGUCUGUUUAGCCCAGUACUGUUGACCUGAUUUGGUAGCAGCUGUUCAGGGUCUCAGGUAGAGAUAUUUCCCAACCACAUCACCUGUGAUGGUGAUAUUCAUCUGUACAGCUUAGGUACUACUUUUUUGAACUGUGGCUUCUCUCAGUAGAGAAAUGCCCCCACCCCCAUCUGCUUAGCCAAACUUUUAGAGUUACACUUUUAUGGGGAAUGCAGGGUCAAUUCACAGUUCACCACCAUCACAAGCCCACAUGUUAAAAGUCGAAAGAAUAUUGGCGGGGUGGUGAGCUGAUCUUCUAGUUCAGAAGUAGUGGACCAGUGCUCCCCCCCAGUUCUGACUAUUGGCAAUUUUGGCUGAUGAGAGCUGGAGUCCAAAAGCGUCUAGAGGGCCACAAAUUCCUCACUACAGCUCUAGCUAGUCAGUUGACCCCAUUCAGAUCCACAGUUUAGCAGCUGUUAAGCACCGUUAGGUCUGUUGCAAACGCACAGUCAGAAAGAGGCCUAGAUAAACUCUGUCUGAAGUAUUCAUUUGUGUUUUUUAUUUAUGUUGCUGUGAGGGAGUUGCCUGGUUUUCUAAAAAAAAUUGGUCUGGUUUUCAUUUGUUAUGGGGUAGGGUGGAGAAACAGGUUCUGAGCAUUGCCCAAUUUUCUUUUCUGUCAUGGGUAUUUCAUGGUGCCCACAUCAGUUCCUUAGAUUUCCAAAUGUGCCUGCAGGUCCAAAAUUGUGGAUUCCACAAAGUACAAAUCACUUGAGAUGCAAAUCACAGUAUUUGUGUUCUGGAAUUGCAAACAACUGCUUAUGAAAACUGAGUAUCUAUUGUAAUUGGGAGUGAUUCCAUUUGAAGUCAGACUAUAAAUGAGAUCCUGAUUACGCUAUUACACUCUCUCUUAUGUUAUUUCCUCACUGUCUUUCAUACGCUUCGGUUUCUGAGACUUCAGUGCCAACAGCAGUGUUGGUCUCUCUGUAGCCCUCUCUGAAAAAGAGAAGCUUUUAUGUGCAAGUCUCCCCACCUCCCAGCGUCCUAUCAAUGUUCAAUUCUCUGAGUGGUUGAUCACAGCAGUGACUUCAGCUAGUGGUACAGAUUACUGGUAGUCCUUUGACCACAGUGUUGCCUUGCUAGGGUUUCCAAGGGUAACCUCUUGAUAAAUAGAAGAGAAAACAUAAUAUAUACAUCUUUCUGGGUGAGUUUUCACAAAAUGAAAUAGUGUUUGAUAUUCUCUGAACUCUGGACCUGAAUGAAGUCCACUGUGUAGCUUAAAUGAAGCCCACGGUAUAGCUCUUACUGCAACUCUGUUUGUCAUGUAAUAACUGCAGUCAUCACAUGGUUGUUUGCUUUUGUGUAAUGGUGUAUUUACCGUUCUAUCACCUCUGCACCAUACAUAACAGUGGCUAUAUCCUUCUUGAUCCCAUGAUUAAUGGAUCCAUUCCACUUAUUCUCUCAGACUUUGGUAUCUGCUUGUCCAGAAUAAGCCCUGACAUGUAUACUAAAGCCAACCGGUGUUUUUUUUUUUUUAAAAAAAAAUAUUUAAUCGAUUUUUCGAUACAGACAUCAACCAUAAAAGACACAUAUAACAAAAACCAUAAUAACAGUAAUAACACAAUUUGACAAUUCAGAUUUGAAUACACUGAUAUACCUACCGGUAUGACUACACCUUUUUUAAAACAAUAUUUUCCCACCUCUCUCUCCUCCCUCUACUUCCCACCACUAUCCGCCUCAUCACUUAAAUAUUCAUUCCAGAUUUCUUCAUAUUUAUCCAUUUUUCUUUUGCAUCGACAUGCAAUUCGUUCAUAUGUAGCUAAUCUGUCCAUGUUACAGGUAGGUAGCCGUGUUGGUCUGAGUCGAAACAAAAUUUAAAAAUUCCUUCAGUAGCACCUUAAAGACCAACUAAGUUUUUAGGACUCCAGGAGUUUUUAGGACUCCAGGAGGACUCCCCUGCGUGAGUGCCUUCAGGUCCUGUCCCUGCCACUCACCACCUGGCCCAGGGCGGGGCCUGGCGGGCCUCCUGGGGACUGCUGCCCCCAGCACUGUUGCUGUCCAGGAGGGCUCUGAACUGUGCAGAGUUCUUUUUAAAACGUUUUAAAUUUUCUUUUUAUCAUUUUAAACACGUUAUGGUGUGUGUGGGGUUUUUUUUGUGGUUAUUUACUUGGGUUUGGGAAUUUGUUUAAUUUUGUUACUUCUGUAAUUUUUUGUUUCUUGGUUAGUAUUGUUUUAUUGUGUGUUUUAUACAGGUUUUAAUUUGUUCUUUGGGGGAGGGGUCAGGGCUGCCUGGGAGUGGGUCCCAGCCGAUAAAAUGGCUGGGGUAGGUUCCACAGGGGUGGCGGCACUGGGACAACCGAUCUCAGUGAUCACGGGUAGGAGGAGGAGUUACGCUAAGACUAGACCAUGUCAUUACCGAGGAGGCAGGCUUAGUGUCGUUGUUUGAGGACUAUCCCUGCCUCCGGGUCUGGUCUUCACCGAAUGGAUACUGGAAUCAGCAAGGGAUACCCACACAACCUGAAGGUACUGCUGUGCAAUGCCAGGUCAAUGAUUCAUAAGACCACUGCCACCCAUGACUUGAUCGUGGAUGGAGGACUUGACCUGGCAUGUGUGACAGAGACUUGGUUGGAUGAGGCAGAUGAGCCUGUUUUAGCUGCUGCUUGUCCACCAGGUUUCUCUUACGCACAGCAACCCAGACCUUGUGGGCGGGGAGGGGGGUUGCAGUGAUUUUUAGGAAGUCAUUAGUUUGCACCAGGCGUCCUAUUGGGAAGACCCAGUUCUCUGAGUGCAUGUUCUGGAAGUUGGGCUCCUUUAUUCUGGCGUCUCCUCUGACCCUGACUCACUCAUUGGUUCUGACCACUGACUCGUCUCAUGGCUCCUGAGUCAUCUGUGCGUUGGGCCAUGAACAGCAACAGGCUGACACAUGUGCAUGUGCCCAUGGAUAGUUGGAAGGGAUGGGUGACAUAAGUUCUCUGCUUACAGGUGCCAUGCCUUACUUGGACUAAAUUGGGGCCAUUAGUAUGUAGCUGAUCUCAAAAAGAGGAUUUACCAUCCAGGAGUGUGCUGUCCUUAAACUAACUGAAGAGCGUAUUGUUAAUUUUCUCCUCCCUUGCUGCAGGUCUGAGCUUUUAAUUGUUAUAAGCAGACAGAAAUUCAACAUGUGAAGUGUUUCUCAUUAUGUCCCUAAUACACUGGGAAGAGCUUCACCUUUCAAAUUUCUGUUUUGUAGGCUGCUGUUCAAAGCCUCAGUCAUGGGGGAGGGGAGGUAGCAACCCUGUUUUGUACACUUCAUUGUGGCGAGCCCAUGUUCUUAUUUAAUUAUGUCACGAUUUCCGGUACUUAACCCACUUUCUGACAGCUUCCUGCUUGUGUGUUAGACUGAGUGGAGAUACAGCAUUUGGAGUUAAGGGAGAAUUGGGAAAACACCCUUAAUAAAUGUUGAAGAAGCACCUGAGUUUCACUGGUCAAAGUUCUGCACCAGGAAGUAACAGAUCCUGUUGUUGCUGAUAGGAUUCCCUCUCACUCCCCUUGCCAGAAUUUUUGCUGUUUUUUUUCCCUUCAUUUGAACCUUCACAAGUGCUGGAGGCUGCUGAUUUUCUCCAUAUUCAGCGUUCCUGUGAAUUAAGAAUUGCUGGAGGGUGGAGUGGGGCUUUUCUCAGUGGAAUAAAUCCAGUUGCAGAAUGCUCUCCAAGAGAGGCCCAUUAAACAUAAUGUUGUCAGGUUGUGACUUGCCUUCAGAAAGAAAAAACCCGCCUUCAUCAGUUUACACAGGCAUUUCUAGGCUAUUAGUGGUUGGGCCUCUUUUUGUUUUAUCCUUGUUUCGUAUUUCUAAACGGUUUUAUUUUAAAAAAAGAGAGAAAUCAUGUUGGCAUGUAAAGUAUACACAAACAGAACGCCAGAGUCGUCUCAGAUCAUUAUUUCUUUUAAUAGGAAAUAUAUAUAACAAUCUGAAACAAAUUGGUAACAACAAAGGAAAACAUCAGAGCAACAAGGAGUAUAAUACAAGUCUGAGCCUGGACUGGAAAAGGAGUGAAAGGAAUCCCUCUGUGGCCUCCAGUGACACUCACCAACUCAGCAGGAAGGUUCUCCAACCACCUCAAGGUUUUCUUGUAGAAAAGGGCUGUGUUGCCCAGUGGGCAGCAGCCUUUGUCGACCAGGAAGAAUGAGAAGGAAUGUACUCCUUUAUCAGAUGGUUCUCUUUGUGGUUGCUACAAUGGGAUAUCCCUCCAGACGCUCUGCUGUAGAUUUGGAUGCCACACCCCGAAUGACAAUUGUCUAUAACGAUUUGACCACUGCAAGACGUUUUAGCAGCCAUGCCCAGAACUACACUACCCUCCUGCUAGAGGAUGAGAAGGGAAUUCUUUAUGUUGGGGCCAGGGGGGCCAUAUUCUCCUUAAAUUCCAGCAACGUUUCUGAUGGCUCCCAUCGGACAAUUGAUUGGGAAGCCCCUCCUGAGAAGCGGGGAGACUGCCUGAAAAAGGGCAAAAACAACAAGACAGAGUGUUACAACCAUGUCAAGCUUUUGCAACGGCUGAACACAACCCACCUGUAUGCCUGUGGCACGUAUGCCUUCCACCCGCUCUGCACAUACAUUGAUACCAACAAGUUCACACUGCCCUCUCACUUUGAGGAAGGGAAGGAAAAAUGCCCUUACGACCCAGCCCGGGGCUACACAGGUCUCAUUGUGGAUGGCAGUUUAUAUACGGCGACGCGCUACGAAUUCCGCAGCCUGCCAGACAUCCGACGCAACAGGCACCAGCGGAUUCUGAAGACCGAAGAAUCCCCCUUGCACUGGUUGAAUGAUGCUGAGUUUGUGGCAUCCGUGCUGGUCAGGGAGAGUGUGCGCAACCCUGUGGGUGAUGAUGACAAGAUCUACUACUUCUUCACUGAGAGAGCAGGAGAGGAGAGCACUUCUGUAUUUGACAAGGCACAAGUGCCCAGAGUAGCCAGGGUGGCUCGAGUGUGCAAGAAUGAUAUUGGUGGCAAGAAGAUUCUCCAGAGGAAAUGGACAUCCUUCAUGAAAGCAAGGUUGGCCUGCUAUGUUCCUUACUAUGAGGUACUGAAGGAUGUUUUCAGUCUGGAUGGUGGCGACUGGAGGAGCACCGUUUUCUAUGCAACAUUCACUUUAUCAGCACAGUGGAGGAGCAUGGAGGUGUCUGCCAUCUGCCGAUACAACAUCUCUGAAGUGCGGGCAGCCUUCGAAGGGACUUACAUGGAAUACCAGGACUCCUCCCGCAAGUGGUCCCAGUACACUGGGGAGGUGCCAGUGCCCCGGCCAGGAUCAUGCAUCACCAAUCGGGCUCGCAAGAAUGGCUACAACACCUCCCAGGACCUGCCCAACGGUGUGCUGGAUUUUGUCAAGCUCCAUCCACUGAUGUAUGAAGAGGUGAAGCCUGCAGAUGGAGUCCCCCUAUUGGUGAAGAAAAAUGCGGUUUAUACCCAAAUAGCUGUAGACAGAGUCCGAGCCCUGGAUGGGCGAGUGUACGACAUGCUCUUCUUGGGAACAGGUAAUGGCUGGAUUCACAAGGCUGUGGUCAUUGGUUCCAUGGUCCACAUCAUCGAGGAGAUCCAGGUCUUCAAAGUCCCCCAGCCUGUGGAGAACCUUGUCAUCUCUAAAAAGCAGAGGAGUCUGUAUGUGGGGGCUCAGAGUGGAAUCCUGCAGUUACCAUUUUCCUCCUGCAAGCGCUACGUUUCCUGCUUCGAUUGCAUCCUGGCCCGAGACCCAUACUGUGGCUGGGAUGGCGAGACCUGCAGAGAAGUAGCCGAGAUGCUGGACAGGAGUCUACUGAUCCAGGACAUUGUGCAUGGCAAUGUGGGCUGCUCGAACGACUCUGCCCAGGCCACACCCAUGCAGAAGAACCGGACAGUGCUGUGUGGCGAUGACGUACUCUUGCCUUGCGAGCAGAUGUCCAACCUGGCCCGGGCGACCUGGCUGGUGAACGGCACCAAAGUGCUGGCGGAGGACGGACAGGGCCGCUUCCGCCUCGGGGUGGACGGGCUGCUGGUGACGGACACUCAGCCAGAGCACAGCGGGGAGUACCGCUGCUACGCGGAGGAGAACGGCCUCCAGGCCCUGGUGGCUGCUUACGCCCUGAAUGUACUCCCUGAGCAGCGAGCGCCACAGCAGGCACCCACCGUGCCGCCCCCGUACUGGCACGCCGCCAGCGCCACUUACGGGGACGUGAGGUUCAUCUACAUUGCUGUCAUCACGCUGCUGGGGGGGCUGUGCCUGGUGCUUAGCAUUGUGCUGCUCUAUGUCUCCUGCCUGCAGAAGCGCAAGGGCAAGUACAGCCUGGGGGUCCCCCAGGCGCCCAGCGUGGAGCUGCAGACGGUCUCUUCCAAUUGCCUGGGCAAAGGAGGGGAGGAGGAUGACGAGGACGACCCGGGCACCUACCUGGACGGCUGCCUGCAAAUCAUCCCUGGGGAAGCCCCCACCGUGCCGUCGCCCUCGAAGGAAACGCUCCCCAUCCCACCACCGCCCCCUCCUCCGCUCCCUGCCGAGUUCACCAACGGCAUCACCACUUUGCCCAGCAUGCUGCGCAAGAUGAACGGGAACAGCUACAUGCUCCUGCGGCAGAAUGAGGAGCCGUGCACCUCUCCGCUCUACAACUCCUUCACGGAGGAGCUGAGCAAGAUCCUGGAGAAGCGGAAACACACGCAGCUGGUAGAAAAGCUGGACGAGAGCUCCGUGUAGGGCAGGUUGGAGGGCACAGGGAGCCCACUUUGCUGUGAACUAAACCCCCUAACUGCCCUCUGUGAUUCCUCCUCCCCAGCCCAGCAGAGAAACAGUGUUACGACUCAGCAACUACCUCCGGCCAGCCCUCCGGAGCAGCCACAGGCUCCAUGCUCAUUUCCUCCUCCUUCUCUCUCUCUCUUUUUGGUUGUUGUUUUUUUAGUUGGCGUUGAUGGUUUGUUUUCCAAUUGCUGUAAAAAAAAAUCUUAUUUAAAUGGAAUUAUAUUUAUAUAUAAAAACAAUGAUCGAUAAACAGGAGCCACAGCGAUCUGUUGGGUUUGUCUGGGUGGGGUAUUAUCAGAAUGUGCCCUUGGCUUGUGUGGGGAAUGAUGCUGUUGGGCUGGACAUUGGGGUGUUCAGAGGGUAGUUUCCUACCAAUAGUUGCAACGGCCAGAAGGGCAUCAGCAGUCACAAUGAGGGGACAGGACGUGCAGCUGCCAUUUCAAGAGGUAGGUAACAAAACUUCUGUGUUACAUCCAAAUUACGGUACGUCAAAUUCAAAUCACAUUUCAAAUACAUCUAUAUAAAUAGAACUAGGGGUAUUUUUUUCUGAGCAUCAGAUAUAAAUGAUGGCUACUGGUUAAUCCUUCAGAGGUUGGGUUUUCCUUAGAUGACAUUAGGAGAUGCUUUCAGUUCCUUUGGGGUUUUUUUGGGGCACAAUCAGAGUCCACAACUUGUCAGGGUUGGCCCAUAGCAAAUGGUCUCUCUGCUAUGGUAUUAGAGGGGCUAAGCAGCUGAAUGGAGAAACCUUAGUAUAUCACAACUAAUGCCCAAUAGCUUCUUUAAAAACUAAUUAAACUAUGGCUUACAGCCCAUGAACUUUUGAAUGACACCUUGCUGGUGCAAAACAACUGAGCUGUUUCAUCCAAACUUUGCUGUUUGCUUAUGUGAACCUGCAGGAAAAGAGUGCCCUCUGCUGAAGUUGAAUUACAAUUUGUCCAAACUAUCUCCUGUUGCCCCGAGAGCAAAGUGUUUGUCUCACUGUCAUUUCACCUGUCUGGCAACGGGCCUUCUGCAAGAGUAGUGGGUGAGGGUAUAGGUUUCAGUACAACCUUAAUAAUCUUUAGAAAGUUUAGUCUUGCCAUCUCCAAUGUACAAGAAUAGUUGUUUUGCUCCUGGUCUAAACUAGCACGAGUCUCUUGCUACAUCUAGGUCAUGGUUUCUCCCAUCUGAAAUUAUUAUUGCUUUGUCAAACUGGGGUAAGGGGUAAGAGUGACACCCCCCAAUACAGUGGUACCUCAGUUUUCAAACGUCUCCGUUGACGAACAUUUCAGUUUACGAACACCAUAAACCCGGAAUUAAAGCUUCGUUUUUUGAACACUCCUCAGAAGUCGAACAUGCCACACGGCUUCCGCUGAGUGCAAGAUCUGGAGGCCUAGCUGUCAGAAACCACGCCUUGAUUUUCAAACAUUUCUGAGGUCAAACGGUCUUCUGGAAUGGAUUACAUUAAAAACCCGAGGUACCACUGUAUUCACAGUUGUGUAAGGCAGCACCAUCCCUAAUGGCUGACUAGAGAAAUCUCUUUCAUAGAGCUCAUAAUGGUACCCUAAGGCAGCGUUUCUCAACCACUGUUCCGCGGCACACUAGUGUGCCGCGAGACGCUGGCUGGUGUGCCGCGACGUGCGGCGGCGAGGGCGAUUUGCAUUGUCACUAACCCGCCGGAAAGCAAUAUUUCUCCUCUUUCCCAAAGCUCAGUGCAAACGAGCCUGGCGGCCGCCAAUACACAGCACUUACCCGCCGGAAAGCAAUAUUUGGCAAGUGUUUCUUACAGUCAUAAUUAUAAUAUAGGGCGGCACAGAGUUAAAUUUUUAAACUUUUUUAAUGGUGGUGUGCCUCGUGAUUUUUUUCACGGAACAAGUGUGCCGUGGCCCAAAAAAGGUUGAGAAACACUGCCCUAAGGACUAAUCAAAAGAACCAGCAAUGUCUGUGCGCUGCCAUGGGCAAGGACUGGUGUCUGAGCAACCUGUGGGUGAGAAAUGACAGGGAAGCAGGAGUAGAAUCUGUCAGCCCAAUCCACCUGCAAUACAGGCUAAAGAAGCCACUAGUCUACAUACCACACAGUUUAGUCUUGUAAGGAUAUAUUUGUGGUACACUUAAGGACGUUCUUGUCACUGUCAUCAUCUAUCAUAGUGGUAUGGCCUUUAUGGAAGCCAGGUCAUAGCUCUGCGACAAAUCAAAUGCUUUGUGUGCAGGGAAGCUCGAGUUCAAUCCUGAUCACCUCCAGCUAGAUCUGGGGUAGAAGGGGCCAGAAAAUAUAUCUGCCUGGGAUUCUCAAAAGCCUCUGGCAAUCGCAAUAGGCAGAACUCAGCUAGACAGAGCAAGGACCCAACUCAGUUUAAGGCAGCUUCAUAUUCUGACCCUUCUACCAAGGUAAAAAAAUCCCAUUUCACGUAUGUAGUUCCUUCUGCCAAGAAUCUUGCGCAUGUUGAUAAUAUAUGACAAAAUCUCUGAAAGGAACCAGAUGAGAACUUGCUUCUGCCAAGCUGCUGGAUGCCUUUUUUCUUUUCCUGCCAAUAUUGCUAAUUAAUUGAUUCAGAUUCCCCAGUGCAUUCCAUUAAGAGAUGGCAGGGGUUUUACAAGGAGGAAGAGUCCUCUUUAA